GCGCAGUAGCGCACUAGGGGCCAAAAUGGGAAAAUAGACGACAGUCAACUUGCAGUUGGAUUUUCAUAUUGUUAAUUAGUAAUUCGAACGUUUGUUAUAGUUAUCUUCCAACAAAGCAAAGCUAGAUAAUAAACACAUCCUUAUUUUGUGUUUUUAGCUAAUUUUGCUUUCUCGCGUGACAUUAUGAGCAUGUUUUCCUCCCAAACCUCGUCGUUCCAAGAUUCAAUCGACGUGGAGGAGAGAGACGACUUUGACAACGAAGASAUUUCUGGUUUCGGGCCGAAAGUCCAUCUGAACUGCUACUACACCAUCUACCUUUAUCRGGGCACCAGAUCUGAGUCCUCUGGGGAAAAUGGGGCAUGGAGCCAGAGACGUGCAGACUCCACAACAAGUCAGGAUGACUUUAGUUUGACACUGAUUGACAGCAGCCUGCCGUCGGAGGCAGAACCUGAGCUGCGGACCUACAUUUCGAGGAGGCUGAGCAAAGGAGCCUUGCUCGGGGGCAUGGGCAACAUCGCCACCGUGGACCUGAGUAUUCCAGAGCAGGCGGUUGGCUGCUACUGCUGCCUCCUGGAGCAGGAAAGAUCUCCUGAACAACCGGACGCUGAUGGAAAUGGAUACGUCAUCUGCUUCAUGGGGGGAUCAGAAAAAGGACUGAAUUUAUUUAGAUUAGAGCUCGAUAAAUACGUCCAAGGUCUGCACGGCAGCCUCCAAACUCCAGAGCUGCAGAACCUGGAGACAGAAGUGCGUCCUUACCUGAGCCGGUGGUUCGAGGAGUCUGUGAUGCACAUUCAUCGAGUGGUGCAGCUGGUUCAGAGCAACAUCAGCUUCCUGCUGCAUGCUGCUCUGAGUCACACACGUGUGGAAGUCAUCAAUUCAGACGAGAGGACAAAAGCUGACGUGUCCAGGUUCAUCAAAGCAGCCAGUCUGCAGGGUCUGUCCCAGCAGGACACCACAUCAGCGUCUCUGUGCAAAGCCGUCUCAGAGGACAGGCAGUUUGACCUGAUCAUCGACUGCUCCACCAGCCCGCCCACGCUCACUAACACAGUCAGUAACCGAUUCUGCGAUGGCUGGAUUCAGGCCUUUCUAAACGCUGCGGAGCGCUGCAACCCCUUCCUGCUCCGACAGAUCCUGGAGAACUUCAAACUGAAGGCCAUCCAGGACAUGAACGGCCUGAAGCGCUUCGUGCGGCAGGCCGAGAUGAGCCACUACGCCCUGUUCCGCUGCGCCCAGUUCCUGCAGAGCUGCGGCAACGGAGACGUGCUGCUGCAGAAYGCCAGAGCGGAGCACAGCGACCUGCCCGAGGCCUGCAGCAUCAUCGGCGUCCUGGAGGAGUUCCUGAGCGAACAGUCAGGCCUGACCGAGUCACACGCAGCUAAACCAACUCUACGAAGCGUCUGAAGCUGACAGACUGAUUUAUAACAAUUCAGUUCUAAACCUCACAGAUAAUAAGGCUGAAGUACAUUAAGCUACAAUUAACUUAUGGUGUAAGAAGUGAUUAUGUUCCGUCAACUUCCUCUUUAAAAUGUGUUUACCGUCACUACACUAACAUGAAGGAUGUUUAGUGAAGUCAUAGCAAUGAAAAUAAUCUGUGAAAUUCACUGUUUCAACAAUUCUGCAGUUUAUGAAGAUUUAACCAAAUAUUUACAGCAUGACCAGAACAAAGAAAUGACACUAAAACUGAUUAUUUGCUUAUUUAAUGUAAAUAUCAUGCUUUAAUCGUUCCCUGCAUGUUAUUUAUCAGUUUUCUUUAGAGAUGAAUGCACAAAUCACUUUAUGCAUUGCUUGUUACGUAAGCCCUGUUUUGGAUCAAUGUCAGUUCCGAAUCUUAAUUUUAUUUCAUAAAUUUUUGUUUAAUSGCUGUGUUAAUGCAGGGUUGUGACUAUGCUGGAUAUUAUCAAAACUUUUUUUUUGAGUUUUUGUACAUUUGCUUUAUCUUUAUUCCUAGUGGAGAAAAAAAAGAAGCUUUGAUUAAGAAAACUUUUCAAAAAUGUAGAGUGAAAUGUUAAAUACAAAGUAUAAACACUAGACUAGCUAAGUCAUUUUCAUUUAAUUCAGUCCAAAGUACAUAACGGAGCAAUAGAAAUGUUUUAAGCUGUGAACUAGAUGACAUGUAAAUAACUUUUGUUGUUGUAAAGCAGAAAUUGAUCGCAGUGUGUGUGUUUAAACACUUCCAGUGUCUUUGCAGCUAUAAUUAGAGUUGAAAUAAACACAUCAAACCUUCA